AUGCCGAUACCGCAACAGCUGCGGCGGCGGGCGACGGUAUUGCUGGUAAGCACCCUCGCGGCCAGUACUAUGGUGUAUGUUGCAUACGGUAAAAGCAGCGGAAACCGCAUGGCGAGGGUACAGAUGGAGGUGCGCAGCUCCACUACUACACGCCACUUGAAGCCAGGGACAAUAGUGAACCCAAGUGAACCGUUCAAGUGUCAAGACGGCAGCAGGUCGCGUGCGUCACGACGACACCAUUUAGUUGACCAGGCACUCGCCUCUGCACGAAAUGUAUCUAAUGGUUCCAACAGCGCCGACCGUCGAAGGAUGUUCCGCGGCUGGAGCUAUUUCCCAACUUGCUGCCAACCCCAUCAGGUCUCUAUUGACCUUUUACUGCAACGAAACCGGACUUGGCAACCUGCGUGGAAGCAUCAUAGACCAACUCUAUUUGCUACCAUGGGCCUGGACAUAAAGUACUGCAAAGUGACGGUCCACAAGGCCGACACCAAGGCGUCACCCUAUCGGGUGCGACGACAAACGGUCGGUCAAGAAGGUCAGUGCCUGCUUCGGCGCUGCACUUCGGAUCAAACACCAGUGGCUGUGCCGAGGCCGUCCUAUAACCCAUACGUUCCUGCUGUCGGCAGCGGUUGUUUGGACGAGGUUCCGGACGACGACGCAGUCGACAUUGCUGUGCUGAGUGAAGAUGAGUCGCUCGUGUCGUCACGACGCCGGGCACACACGACGUCGUCCUUGUCAUCGUCCGCGCGGCUGUCGAAUGUCCUGAAUCCGCUGUCGCGCUUGACGAUUCGAUUCAGGGAACACUUGACCGACCCUGAGGUCAACAAGACUGCGGUUUCGUCGACAACCAGUGCCUCGUCGACUCGGGAUGUGAUGGGCUCUCAGCUCUUGCUGCCAACUCCACCGCCGAUGAUGGACUUGAUCAGUUCGUUUCUAGAGCUCGACACGGAUGGCAACGACGAUAUCGUUCGCCCCACAUUGGAGGAUGCAGCGAGUCUAAUGGCCAAAACGCCUCCGAUCCCAACUGGAAUGACGCUGGAGGUGCUGUCUGCUUCGGAGCACGAGACGUCUUCGAUCUUGUCGCACCAAUACGAAACGCUGCUUCUCAACCAGUUCCACCAAAGAAGUCCGUCACCACGUGUGCUGGGCGACAAUGACGGCGGAGAACUGAGUGAAAGUGAAAUGGAGGACGACAAUGCAAGCAGCGCUUCCACAGACGACUACGGCGACGACGUGACGGACCACUCUGUGGACAUUGGCAGUAUUCUGUGUACACGUGAGCAAGCCGUAGCGAACUCGAGAGCUUCGCUUCGUAACAUGAACCGUGUGAGGACACGCUUCCGGACACCAACUGGUCAGAAGCGUGUGGUGGGCGGCUCAGCGCGCAAUAUCCGUGGACUUAGCUCUCCGCCACGUAUGGUAGAAGCCCAAAUCGGUCGCCCCCGGAAGGCUACUGUGCCUGACGCAGGUGAAGGUGCUGCAGGUUUCGGUAUCCACCCUCGCGACAACGAGGUUCCUUCGGUGCCCCUGUAUCACGGACAGGAGCUGCACCUGGCUUUCAAAACAACAAAGGGUCGGAUCACUCAAGUUCAAGGCCACGCUGUUCGACGUAAAGGUCACAAGAACCCCUUCUCGCGUCGUGUUCGUUGCAACGCCGUCCAGCCGUUCGAUACUUUGGAAGACAGUGACACGCUGCGCAUUAUUGGACAUACGACGGGUGACUUGCUUUGCGGUGGAGACUGCGUCUCGUUCGCACGCACCAAUGGAACAGUGCUGCGGAUGCAAAAGAUGUCCAAGAAGCUCACAUUCAGCAACAAGAUCGACGAGCGAGCCAAGUUCAUUAUCGUUGGAGUGCCUGACCGCACACCCGUGACGUCGACGUCCAAGUUCUACCUCCGAAGUGUGUACGACAACAAGAAGACAGUGGGCUUUUUGGCGUCUCGACGUGAGGACCACCCGGGCUGUCUGGCGAUGUACGUCCAUCGUGACGCCGAAGACAGCAAGGUCGAGCCUAUCCAGUUCUUCAAGCGCGACGGGGGCCAUGGGUUAGCUUUCGGACUUCGCCCGCAACAGUGGUUGUAA